CGGGCUCCCUUUCGGUUCCAAUGCGAGUUAUCAGCAUCAUUGAAAGCGUGGAAGGAUUUUUUGGGGGAAUUAUAGAAUUUUUUAAUCAUUCCAAAAAGAAGCAGUGGGAAGCCGCGCUCCCAUUGGGCCGCCGCGUCACGUGCUGAAAUCACGUGUAACGGGAGGAAAAAGGGGGUUCUUUCGGUGUAAAUCUGGACUCUAAUUCCGUAAUAUAUCACCGUACCUCGUAAAACCGACACUGAGACGUCCUGGCCCACAAAUCACCGGCCAAAUUAUGAGUUCAUUGUAUUAUGCGAAUGCUUUAUUUUCCAAAUAUACAGCUGGAACUUCUGUUUUUCCGUCCGGGGUGUUUUCCGAACCAACUUCUUGUGCUUUUGCUUCGAACUCCCAGCGACCGAGCUAUGGUUCGGGGUCUGCAUCCUUCGCAGCAACCAUGCCGGGUCUGUACAGCUCGGCUAACAGCAUCCACCACCAGACCCCGACUAUGUACACGUCGCCCUAUGGGCUCAACGCGAACUCCUUUAACAUGCACUGUUCCUCUUUCGAUCAAAAUAUCUCGUCGCUGAUGUGCGGCGCUGGGGAUUCUUACAAGCAGAGUUGCAGCAAGUCAGAGCUGAGAGACACAGACUCCCAGUCCGAGAACUUCCGGAUCUAUCCCUGGAUGAAAAGCUCAGCCUCAGACAGGAAGCGGGGUCGCCAGACUUACACUCGGUAUCAGACCUUGGAACUGGAGAAAGAGUUUCAUUUCAACCGCUACCUCACCAGGCGGAGACGCAUAGAAAUCGCACACGCACUGUGCCUGACCGAAAGGCAAAUUAAAAUCUGGUUUCAGAACAGGAGGAUGAAAUGGAAGAAGGAAAGCAAAGCCAUGGUUCAACCUGAUGCAAGUGAAGAAAAACAGGAAGAGUGAAGAAAAGUGAUCCAUGAAACAUAUUGAGGAAAAAAAGAGGCUGAAACUUAAAUGACUUGUACUAAAUGGAGUGAUUUACUCUUCAUUUCUUAACACUGAAACAGAAUACUACCUAAAAUGUAACUGUGUUUUUAUGUUUAGUUUGUUUUGUACAAAUUAGGUGGAAUAACCCACUGAAAUUGUACAACUACAGUUCUAUAUUGUCUGUGUAUUUGUCGUCCCACAGUGGUGACUUGGUUGUUACUGUAUACAUUACUUUAGGCCCGUUUGUUUAAAUGAAAUAUAUCCAGUGACUAUAUAUUUGUUACUGUAUCGAUGUAAUUUCUUGUCAGUGAGUAUAGAAGAAAAGGGAGCUUAAUGUAACCAUUGAGUCGUGUACAGAUCAAUAAUAAGUGUAUGUUGUAAACUCUUGUUAUAGUUAUAUAUAGAACAGAUAAUGCUGGUUUGGUGGAAGCGUUUGUUGAAUGUAACUUCUGUGUACAUUUUCAUAUUUAAAUAUGGGCCAAUUUGAUGCGUGUUCAAUUGUUUUUUUUUGCUCCUUAAUCACGAAGGAUGUAAACUUUUUUUGUGGAAUAAAUAAAAUUAGAUUGUUUUUCGUUA